AUGAAGAAAAUGAAGAACCGAGCUAACGGGGGCGUGGCCACGCACCCUGGGGGCGUGGCUACAGGUGGCGGUUGGGCGGCUCGGGAACGCCUUUUCCGGUUCCACCCACGUGCUGCGUGCGGCGCCUCCUGGGCGGAGGGGGAGCGGUCUAGUGGCCGGAGGUCGGGAGGUGGCCUUCGCGACCUCGCCAUGGCGGUGGAUGGGGCUGUGCUCGCACGGCUGUUCAUUUUGGGUCCUUAUUCUAGCGCCUCGUGGGCCCCGGUGAUGACAAGAUUCUCUCUAAGUAGUUCUUGGAGGAGAGCUAAUUCUAGUCAAGGACAGUCUGAACCGACCAGGCAAGCACUUAAGAAGCCCAAGUUACCACAAGGACGGUUUGAUGCUCCAGAAGAUUCCAAUUUAGAACAAGAGCCACUAGAAAAAUUUCCAGGUGAUAUCAAUCCUCUUACAAAGGAAAAGGGUGGCCCCAAAGGCCCUGAACCUACUCGAUAUGGAGAUUGGGAACGAAAAGGACGUUGUGUGGAUUUUUAAUAGUCCAACUCUUAAGAAACUGGUCUCUUCAUCUGAAUGGAGUAUAUUUAAGUUCUGCAUGUUCCUUUUUUUUUUUAACUAAAAAAUCAUCAGUCCAGAAAAGAUUGUUUUGGAAGUAUUUCUGCAUUAGCACAUUUGUUAUUACAGAUUUGUUAAUGAAGAGAUAAGUUCAGAACUGCCUAUUAAUUUAUCAGUUAAAUUAAAAUUACUUAUAUAAUAAGUUCUAUAAUUUAAUUUUUUGGGGGGUUAAAGUGGUUCAUGGUUUGAAAAGGUUUUACUGGAACAUAAAAUGUCAUAAACCCCCAAAUAUAUGUUUCUGGGUUUAGUCUCUUGUCUUCCUGGCUGAAAGCUGUGGAAACAAGUACUUGAGGUACCAUAACUGAGAUCUUAAGAAAUAAUUAUAUUAUUUAUGCAAAGUAAUCCAUUUCAGUUCCACUAAUUGAGAAUUUGUGAUAAUUUGAACAAGCAAAUUAGACUACCAUACCAUUAUUAUCUGCAAAGAAAGAUUUUUCCAAGCAGGUAAUAGCAUAACCAGCAUUUCAGUUAAGCAAAUGCUUAUUGAAUACCUUCUCUAUACCUAACACUGUGCUAGAUUGGGGAAGGGAGAAGUAACAGAAGGAAAAAGAGGCAUAGACUUGGCCUUCAGGAGCUUAUGGUGUGUUUGGGGAAAUAAUCGCAUAGUUUUCCAAAUUGUGGGUUGGACCACAUUGGUAGGGGACAAGUCUUCUGUCUGUGGGGUCAGGAAAGUUUGAAGCAGUGACCAAAAUUAUUAAAUAUUUUAAAAUAUAAUUCUUGGAUAAAUACAUCCUUUUAUUUAAUUGGAAGUUCAAGUCAAAAUGGACAUGUGAAACUAGCAUGAGAUUCUUGACAAUUGGUGAGGUAGCAGAAAGGGAGGAUAAGUUAUACAGCUGAAGGCAGUGUGCCCCAACAUAGGUGGCAUGCCAGGGAAUAGUUGGAUUACAUGGAGAAAGGACCUGGUCCUUAACACUAGAGGGAGGGAUUGGGUACUGUUAUCCCCCAAAGCUGCUUAAAUGCUCCCUACCAGCCUUUCCUUAUGUCAGGUGAGACUGGAAGAGGUCAGUUAAUUGGCAUUUGGACCAUUCGCACAGCCCUUCCCUCUGAUGCAGAAUCCUAACCUUUUGACAAUGAAUUCAGUUCACUGAUUAUUUUAUGUUUUAUGUUACUAUUACUUUAUGUGUAAGUUUUGCUUUUUUUUAAUAAAAUUAUGAUAAAUACUUAAUUUUACUUGAAUAAAAUGCAAGCUAAGAAAAA